GGAUGUACGUUUUCAGAGGCUGAUAUGCAACCUGAAGACCGGUUACAUCCUCUUUCUCACUUGAAUUUUUUAUCUUUUUUAUUCAACUCUACAAGACCCUGUUCCUUCACUCAUGAUUUUUUUUUUAUUUCAUCUCCCACCAUUGUUUAUUUUAUUCACCCACACUGUUUAUUUUAAUUAAAACUCCCAUAAUUUUUUUUCCAACAGCUAUAAUGAAUGCAGAAGCAACCGACGAAGAAAAGUGGGACAUUGCAGUGGCAGAGGGGAUGGUACUCGGGUGAGAGAGAGAGAGAGAGAGAGAGAGAGAGAGAGAGAGAGAGGGAGGGUGGUUCGUCUCGAAGUAAGACCAAUCAGAUAUAUAGUACUCUGUCUCUCCUUUGCUCACAACCUGUCUGAUGAUUUUCCGCUGUGAAUUACUUGCAGAGAUGGAUUUGUUAUCUGCAACAUUAAGUGCUGCAAUGGCUCCAUUCUGCCUUGUUUUAAUCUUCUUCUGUGUUCUGCUCCUGCGAAUCUUCAUGGGUAAGUCACUGAAGCACCCUCAGUACCCUCCUGUAAUGGGCACCACCUUCCAUCAGCUACUCCAUUACAACCGCCUCAACGAUUACUUCACCGAUGUCGCCCGUAAGCAUCGAACCUUCCGUCUUCUCGCUCCCACCAGGAGCCAGCUCUACACCAUAGACCCUCAAAACGUUGAACACAUACUCAAAACCAAAUUCGACAUAUACAUCAAGGGAUCCUUCAACGAUGAAAACGAAGACCUCUUCGGUAAUGGAAUCUUUAAUGCUGAUGGUGAUAAAUGGCGUCAACAGAGGAAGAUUGCGAGUUCCGAGUUCUCUACUAGAGUCCUCAAUGAUUUCAGCUGCGUUGUGUUCAGAAGAAAAGCUGCCAAAUUGGCUGAGACCAUUUUGGGUUUUGAAGCUAUGAAUCAGACAUUUGACAUCCAAGACUUGUUUAUGAGAAGUUCUCUAGAUUCCAUAUUCAAAGUUGGGUUUGGGGUAGACUUGGAUUGCUUGGAGGGUUCAAGCGAAGAAGGGAGAGCAUUCAUCAAGGCUUUCGAUGAUUCAAAUCGACUUAUAUUUUGGCGCAAUGCCGAUCCCUUUUGGAAACUGAAGAAGAUUCUUAAUUUGGGGUCUGAAGGUUCUCUCAAGAAGAACAUAAAGAUCAUGGAUGAUUUUGUGUUUGGAGUAAUCAGCAACAAGAGGAAACUGAUGUUUGAGCAACAAAACCAUAAUAAGAAGAAGGACAUACUUUCAAGGUUUCUGGUGGAAAGCAAGAAAGAUCCACAGAGGAUAACAGAUCUGUAUCUCAGGGACGUAAUCUUGAAUUUCAUGAUUGCUGGGAAAGAUACUACUGCAGGCACACUCUCCUGGUUCUUCUACCUCCUCUGCAAGCACCCUCUUAUACAAGAGAAAGUUAUAGAAGAAGUUAGAGAAGUCAUCAAUUGUAAGGAGAAUGAAAAUAACAUCGAUGCUUUUAAGGAGUGUUUAACUGAUGUAGCAGUAGAGCAGAUGCAUUAUCUCCACGCAGCUUUAACAGAGACUUUGAGGCUAUACCCGGCCGUCCCCAUAGAUGGUAGAUCUGUAGACACAGAUGAUGUUCUCCCAGAUGGUUUCAGAGUGAAGAGAGGAGAUGUUGUGUUCUACUUGGCCUAUGCCAUGGGCAGGAUGACUCACAUAUGGGGAGAGGACGCCGAGGAAUUUCGACCAGAGAGAUGGCUCAACAAUGGAGUCUUCCAGCCUGAAUCACAAUUCAAAUUUGUGUCAUUUCAUGCUGGCCCUCGGAUCUGUUUGGGGAAGGAAUUUGCUUAUCGGCAAAUGAAGAUAGUUGCUAUGGUCGUUCUUCACUUCUUUCGGUUCAGAUUAGCAGAUGAAAAGAAACAUGUAGCAUACAUAAGCAUGUUCACACUCCACAUCGAUGGUGGCCUCCAUCUUAGUGCAACUCCUAGAGUUGUGUUUGACAAAUUUUGAUUUAUGAACUAUUGUGAAAUAACAGUAGUUAAUUUUUCUCUAGGUUGCAUCUUUUAUUCUUUUUUUCUAUGUUUGAUCCAUGUAGCCUACCCCAUUGUAGGGAUAAGGUUAUGGUUGUUGUUGUAGUUGUUGCUAUUUUGUGAAUAAGGAACAUAUGGUACAAGUA